ACUGGGUAACCAACCCAAACAACAUCAUUAGACAUAAUGCAGCGGCUGGUGGGACGCACUUCGGUUUCUGGUACCGCAUGCAUGAUCAUCCUGAUGGUCCAUCCUAUGAUGCCAACAUCUGUCAAAAAAGAGUACCACUUGGACAGUUCUUUAACAAUACGGUGCAUUCGCAGGGCUGGUUCGGCUUGUGGAUCUUCCAAGAGUAUUUCCCCGUGCGUAAUGGUCUCUGCUACUCCAACACACCAGCCCCAGCAGUCUUCCGCCGCCUGACCUCCUGGAACAAUCAGAAAGGUACUGAGUGGGUGAAUGUUGGAGCUGUGCAGUUCAGUGAGUUUCUCAUGGUCAAUAAUGAGCUAGCUGGAGUGGAGUCCAAGAGGAUCAUUCGAACUUACGUCAGUGGAUGGGGGCUGCAAGGAGGUGCAGCUGUGGUCAACAGCACCAUUGUGGGACAUGUGGAUGAGCUAGGACUAGGAAAUGAUUACUGCACCACACAUGGUGUUGUUCUGCCUCUGGAUGAUGGUAUGAGUGUCAUCAACACCAAGUUUGUGAACUUUAACCGGCCAACAUGUGCAGCUGUUGGGGUGGCAGAAAUCAUUGGAACUUGCACGUUCCGCUGUGGAGGCUGGAGCGCAAGAUUUAGUGGGAUCCAAUACUAUCAGUCACCCAAUAAGGCCAGCUUCAGAUGGGAGCAUGAGGUGGCGCUUGUAGAUAUCGAUGGAUCCCUGACAGGCAAUGUUAACUCUAAGGUGGUGCAUAUGAGUAACAUCCUCGACCCAAGUCACUGCUCUCAAGUAGCAGAUUGGAGUGUUGGUGUUCCUGGAGCAGUUUGUGACAACACCACUAACUUCCAUCGGCUGGUUAUCAACAAUCCAUCACCAUCUUCACUUGUGGCUAACAAUGUGACUCUCACCAACUCUUUUGGGUCAUGUGUGUUACCUUUCCUUCAAAAGCUUGUGACCCAUACAAAUGGCUGGAUGGCAUUGGUGCCUACAGGUCAAACCUACAACUGGAACUUUGAUCGUGGUUCCCAAAUCACCAAUAUCUCAUAUAAUGGAGUGAUCUACGGAUUUAAGCCAGAGAAAUACAUCAUACUGAACCACAACUUUACUCAAGCACCUGACCAGUUUCAAAUUAUAGAUUUUAGAAAUGGUUCCUCCCAACCUCUGAACCCUACUGUGAAUGUAAAUGGAGACUGGUACUUUAACCAGUCUUCAAACAAUCUCUAUUACAUGGUGUCUGGAAGAGAUCGUGCAGCUAGCCGGAGGAGAAGGAACAGUGUGGACCGGACACUUAAAGACAGAUCGUUGUCCUUCAGUGUGUAUCAAUGUUACUAUAAAGGGUGUAUCCCACCUUCAGCCACUUUGGUUCCCACACCCAGCCGCAGACCUGCAAACUUCAUUCUCUGGUCAAAUGCAUCAUUUUGGAGGUCAAGCCCAGAAAACAACUACACCGUACCACGGACAGACUCGGAUGUGGUCAUUCCAUCAGGCAAAUGGGUGGUUGCAGAUGUUGUAAUUCCUUCACUGAACAAGCUUACAAUAGUUGGAGUUCUGGAGAUUCCAGACACAAAUAAUGGCAGCGGCAAUGGCUCACAAUAUAACAACAUUGUUUUAAAUGCAACAUACAUCUCCAUUCAGGGUGGGCGUCUGAUUGCUGGAUAUCCUGAUCAACCCUUUAGAGGUAAACUACAGAUCAUACUGAAAGGAAACCAUCUCACACCAGACUGGCUGUUGCCUGAAGUAAACCAAGGGUCUAAAGUGCUGGGUGUGUUUGGAUCUCUUGAUCUGUAUGGCAUGCCACACAAUGUGUCUCACACUAAACUGGCCAACACAGUCCAGGCUGGAAACAACACACUCUCUCUGGAGGAAACUGUUGACUGGAAGGUUGGAGAUCAGAUUUUGCUGUCCACCACCAGUUAUGACCCAUGGCAGACAGAAAUCCGCACCAUAACUGCAGUCUUAAAUAACGGCCACACACUGAUCCUGGACCGGCCUGUAUCAUACACACACAUCGGACAAAGGUACAGUGUGCCAGGAUCUUCUAGAAGCUAUCAGCUUGCAGGGAAUGUGGGUCUGUUAACCAGAAACAUCAAGAUCAUUGGACAGGAGUAUCCAGCCAUGAACACACAGUCUUAUGGAGCAAGAGUACUGGUGGGAACCUUCACAGACGGACAAAAUACUUACAGAGGAAAAGCUCAGAUCAGAAACGUUGAGUUCUACCACACAGGACAGGAGGGAUGGAACGACCCAUCAGAUCCACGUUACUCUCUGGCGUUUCUGAACCUGGGAAAUGUGGCUGGUGAGUCCUACAUCAAGGGAUGUGCUUUCCAUGAUGGCUUUGCUCCUGCUAUUGGGGUGUUUGGAACAGAUGGACUGAAUAUUGAUGACAACGUGAUCCAUCACACUGUUGGAGAAGGAAUCAGAAUAUGGGGUGAUAACAGUACUCUCCAGAGAAAUUUGGUUACUAUGACACUGUGGACAGGAUCUUACAAUGGUGCAGCAGAGAGUAUGAACACUGAGUGGAAUGCAGCUAUUGAGGUUAAUGAAGCAACCAAUGUCAAUCUUCAAGGGAAUAUUGUUGCCGGUUAUGAACGAGUGGGGUUCAGAAUUAAUGGAGAACCUUGCCCAGAUUCAGGUUUAGUACCUCAAUGGAUUCAGAAUGAAGCACAUGGUGGUCUGUAUGGAGUCAUGAAUAAAGACGGACUUGCUGGUUGCUCUCAAAUCCAGGGGUUCACCGUCUGGAAGAGUUUUGAUUUUGGCAUUUACGUACAAGUAUUUAUGAAUGUGUUAAUUUCUAAUGUGACUCUGGUCGAUAAUGGAAUGGGCAUCAUGCCUAUAAUCUACAGUCCUCCAUCCAUCAGCCACGAAUACGCUGACAGAACCGUCCGUGUACAGGGGUCCCUGAUUGUGGGAAGCAGCCCCAAUUUUAACUGUUUAGACACACUGGCAACAACUGAGACCUAUGUUGCACUCAGUGAAGGCCACAGGGCUCCACGACCCCCUACAGGUGGCAGGUCUGGAGUUUGCUGGCCGACGUUUGAAUCUGACCAUAAUCACGCACCAAUGAAACCUCAUCCUGGACUUAUGAGCUACAAUGCCAUAGCCGGUCUAUUGACAGUCUCUGAUACAACAUUUGUUGGCUUCAGGAAUGUUUGCUCCACUGAAAGAAAUUACAUGUUCAUGACCAACCCAGGAAAUGAGGACCUACAACAUCCAAUCAGUGUUGAGAGGAUCUCUAAGAUAGACAGCACUGAAGAAUCUCUAGCAUUCAUUCAUAACCCUGAUCUCAGUAAAGUGAACCCAUCAGACUGUGUGGACAUGGACUGUGAUGCUAAGAAGAAGACUCUGUUGAAGGAUCUGGAUGGAAGUUUCUUGGGUGCAGUAGGAGCAGUGGUGCCGUAUUCAGAGUACGAGUGGAACGGAGACCCGCGGCAUGGAUUGGGGGAUUACCGCAUCCCUAAAGUCAUGCUCACUGCUCUCAACGGCAGCCGCAUACCUGUCAAUCAAAUAGCUCCUAAUAAAGGUGUGAUCAGAGACUCUUGUACGUACAUGAACACCUGGCAAAGCUACAAGUGCUUUGGACUCAAUUACAAGAUGCUGGUUAUUGAAAGUAUGGACGUAGACACAGAGACAAGACGUCUUUCACCUGUAGCCAUUCUGGGGGACAAAUAUGUCGAUUUACUGAAUGGCCCACAAGACCACGGCUGGUGUGCAGGCUACACCUGCCAGAAGAGAGUCUCUUUGUUUCACAGCAUUGUGGCCACCAAUAAGUCCUUUGAUAUCUAUUUCACCAGCACAACACCACAGAAGCUGAGACUUAUGAUGCUAAACGCUAAAACUACAGAGGCUGUUAGGGUGGCUAUAUUUUACUCAAACCCUCAGCGGUUAGACGUGUAUGUAAACGACACUUUUGUUGGUCCAACUAAUGCUCAGUGGAAUGCAGCUCACACGGAUUAUACACCACUUAAUCCGACAUAUCCAGGUCAAUAUCUACCAAGUUUAGACUCCGAUCACGGUUCCAACUUCUUUGACCCAGACUACAAUAUGUUGUACAUACUUAUUCGUGGCUCACAACCGGUCCAGAUCCGCACUUCCCCGCUUCUUUUCUUGGCUUUCAACCUCCCGGCCAUGACUGAGGCAGAGUUCUUCGGUGAUAAUCUGGUCAGAAAUCUGGCUGUAUUCCUCAAAAUACCACCGAAUAUGAUUCGAAUCACCAAGAUCGUCCGUGAGGGCAGCAGUGCACGAAGACGACGUGCGACUGGACUGACGGUUGAGAUUCAGAUCAGUCAGCCACCCAUCCAGACCAUCAGCACCAACAACACAAACAACAUCGACAACACCACCAGCAGCAACAACAGUACCACUGACGACCAGCAGUUUUUGGUUCUGAAGAACGCUGCUGAUGAACUGGGUCGUGCUGCUGUAUCAGGCGAACUGAGUCAAUCCAUCGGCUUCAAUGUGUCUUCUCUGAACAUGAUCACUCCUCCACCCUCUUCUAGUGACCCAUCCUGGAGUCAAGUGGCCACUCAGGAGGUGACUCGUGAAGACCCACAGGUGGAGUCUGUCAGCACAGUGUCUUCACUGAUAAUUGUGGUCCAACCGGUGGCUGCGUUGUACCCUGGACCCCUCAGCGUGCAGCCCAGCAUCAUGGCUGUGGAUGCAGCGGGUAACUGUGUGUCUGUGGGUGUGACGAGUUUAACAAUCUCAGCUGUACUUAAAGAUGCUAAUGGAAAUCCAACACAGGGACUUUCUGGAAACACAUCCAUCCUGUUCAGUGGCUGCUGGGCAAAUUACACCGACCUCAGCAUAUUAAACACUGGUGUUAACCUUAAGUUAGCAUUUACUCUGAAUGAAUGGAAUUCUGAGUCGAGAUCUUUUACUGUCAAAAGCGUUACAACUCCCGCUCCUCCAGGACAUUGGGAAUUUCCAAACAUCUUUGACUCCAGUCCAUCAAUCUCAUCACCAUCUGUGUAUCUGCUCGUGCUUUUACCUGCUCUACUCCUCCUGUUCAGAGAAACCUAGAUUACAUGAUUAUUAUGUAUUUCUUUUUAUUGCUUUCUUAUAAUUAAAAUAUGUAUCAUGAUUUCUAUAUUAUCCAUAUUAAGUCUGAAAACAUUCAAUAAUGAUUACUGUAGAACAAAAUGUAAGAUAUAUUUGAAUGUUUCAGUAAAUUAUCUUCUUGCUUUAUUUUGACCUAUAUAUGCUUCUGUCACCAUUAAACAUCAACUUUA